GAGUCUGUAUAACGGGACGGGUAAAGUCCCUUCGUCAUUAGAGGACUACUUCUGCAUAGUGGGGCCAGCCUUGGUCCUUCAUAGGACAACGUGGCCAUUAGUUAUUAGUUAUUGUUUUUAUCACACAUAGAUGUUCUGUUUGAAUGGCUACUCUUGGGAUCUUGAGGGAUGGCGGGAUUCGUCUCCGUUCUUACCAACUGGAAGGAGUCAAUUGGCUAGUCCAGUGCUUUCAUUGCCAGAAUGGCUGCAUCCUGGGAGAUGAGAUGGGCUUGGGGAAGACCUGCCAGACUAUCGCUCUCCUCAUUUACUUGGUGGGGAGACUGAAUGAUGAAGGGCCGUUUCUGGUUCUCUGUCCCUUGUCUGUUUUGAGCAACUGGAAAGAAGAGAUGGAGAGAUUUGCUCCAGGUCUUUCCUGUGUGACAUACACAGGUGACAAGGAAGAGAGAGCCCGCCUUCAGCAGGACCUAAGACAGGAGUCAGGUUUUCACGUGCUGCUGACGACCUAUGAGAUUUGCUUGAAAGAUGCCUCAUUUCUAAAAUCCUUCUCUUGGAGCGUUCUUGCUGUGGAUGAAGCUCACAGAUUGAAAAACCAGAGCUCCCUGCUGCACAGGACACUUUCAGAGUUCUCAGCGGUCUUCCGUCUCCUGCUCACCGGAACGCCCAUCCAGAACAGCCUCCGGGAGCUCUACUCCCUCCUCUGUGUCGUGGAGCCUGAUGUCUUCUGCAGAGAACAGGUGGAAGAUUUCGUUCAGCGUUACCAGGACAUGGAGAAAGAGUCCAAAUCAGCAAGCGAGCUGCACAGGCUCUUGCAGCCAUUUCUCCUGAGGCGUGUGAAAGCUCAGGUAGCCACAGAGCUUCCCAAGAAGACAGAGGUGGUGGUGUACCACGGCAUGUCCGCACUGCAGAAAAAGUACUACAAGGCCAUCCUGAUGAAAGACCUGGAUGCAUUUGAGAACGAGACAGCAAAGAAAGUCAAACUCCAGAACAUCCUAACGCAGCUUCGGAAGUGUGUGGACCACCCGUAUCUGUUCGAUGGUGUGGAACCAGAGCCCUUUGAAGUUGGAGAGCACCUGAUUGAGGCCAGUGGGAAGCUUCACCUGCUGGACAGGCUGCUGGCGUUUCUGUAUUCAGGGGGCCAUCGGGUUUUACUUUUCUCCCAGAUGACACACAUGCUGGAUAUUCUGCAGGACUAUAUGGACUACAGAGGCUACAGCUACGAGCGUGUGGACGGCUCCGUGAGAGGAGAGGAGAGACACCUGGCCAUUAAGAACUUUGGAAACCAGCCCAUUUUUGUUUUUCUCCUGAGCACCCGGGCAGGUGGAGUGGGCAUGAACUUAACAGCGGCAGACACCGUCAUUUUUGUCGACAGCGACUUCAACCCUCAGAAUGACUUGCAGGCGGCCGCCAGAGCUCACCGAAUUGGCCAGAACAAGUCUGUUAAAGUCAUCCGGCUGAUCGGCCGCGACACUGUGGAAGAAAUCGUAUAUAGGAAGGCGGCCUCCAAACUGCAGCUUACCAACAUGGUCAUAGAAGGAGGUCAUUUCACGCCAGGAGCCCAGAAACCUUCAGCCGAGGCCGACUUCCAGUUAAGUGAGAUUCUCAAAUUCGGCUUGGAUAAACUGCUGUCCUCUGAGGGGAGCUCCAUAGAAGAUAUAGACCUGAAGUCCAUCCUGGGAGAAACCAAAGAUGGCCAGUGGACCCCUGAUGCUCUGCCUGCAGCAGCAGCAGCAGCAGCAGGAGGAAGCCUAGAACCAGAGGAAGGAAAAAACCAUAUGUACUUGUUUGAAGGUAAAGACUAUUCUAAGGAGCCCAGUAUGGAAGACAGAAAGUCAUUUGAACAGCUGGUGAAUCUUCAGAAAACUCUUCUAGAGAAGACAAGUCACGGGGGCCGGACCCUCCGGAACAAAGGCAGCGUUCUUAUCCCAGGCCUUGCAGAAGGGCCCAUCAAAAGGAAGAAGAUCCUUAGCCCAGAGGAGCUGGAGGACAGACGGAAGAAAAGACAGGAAGCAGCGGCUAAAAGGAAGAGACUGAUGGAGGAGAAGAGGAAGGAGAAGGAGGAGGCUGAACACAGGAAGAAGAUGGCCUGGUGGGAAUCCAACGGUUACCAGUCCUUCUGCCUGUCCUCGGAGGACAGCGAGCUUGAGGACCUGGAGGACGGAGAUGAGUCUUCUGCCGAGCUAGCUUAUGAAGAUCUAGACUCAACCUCCAUUAACUAUGUUAGUGGCGACGUCACCCACCCCCAGGCUGGCGAAGAAGAUGCUGUCAUUGUGCACUGUGUAGAUGAUUCUGGCCGCUGGGGCAGAGGCGGCUUAUUCACAGCUCUGGAAGUACGAUCAGCUGAACCAAGAAAAAUAUACGAGCUGGCUGGGGAAAUGGAAGACCUGAGUUUGGGCGAUGUCCUUCUAUUUCCUAUCGACGAUAAAGAGUCACGAGACAAGGGGCAAGAUCUGUUGGCCUUGGUUGUGGCUCAGCACCGUGAUCGCACCAAUGUCCUGUCUGGCAUUAAGAUGGCAGCCCUAGAAGAGGGCCUGAAGAAGAUAUUUUUAGCAGCAAAGAAAAAGAAAGAAAAUCUUUCCCCGUCUUCCAUGUCGAUGUUAGGGCUGGUUCUUCUUCCCGGCCCCAGGCUCCCAGAAGGCUCCGCCACAUGGCUGGUCACCUGUGCUCAGCAAGCGUUCAUCUUCCACGAAUUGGACAUGCUACAAAGGGUUUUAACUGGUAUGGUACCGAAAGACUUAUCCGGAAACAUUUGGCUACACGAGGCAUCCCAACUUACAUAUACUACUUUCCCAGAAGUAAGGCCCGCCAUUCACAGCCUGCAUCCUCCACCUCAGCACCACUGGUUCCUUAGCAACCAGCCCAGCGUUGGGUCCAGUUUCCAGCAGCCAGUUAGAUUCUUGCUCCCAGACUGACUGUUAGUUUUCAGGAAACAAGGCUAUCUUUGGUCAUACUCUCUGCUCUGGAAUUUCUGGGCUAGUCUUUUCUGAAUUCUAAUUCUGUUCCUCUGGAAGUGUUAACUGUGAUCCAGUACCUGUAAUACAGGAACACACAAUGUAUAUGGGGAAGCCCUUUGGCUUCAGAUUGCCUACAUUUGAAUAAUUAUAAAUUGCCUAUUGUUAAUGGU